GCCCGUGCGGUGUUUACGCAGUUCUUUAUGCCAUAACCAGCAGUCGAAAAUCGGCGCCCGCCGCAGCAGUACAUACCAUACAUUAGUGCAGCAUAUAAAUAAACAUUAUACAUAUAUUAUGAAAAUGUGAAUACUAAGGGUUUGAAUAUCACCUGUAGAUUUUGGUAAGCCUCUGACAAUAACAUUUUUGGCACGAUUGAUACGAUCGAUGACUUCAUUGGCGAUAUUUUCAGCAAAAUGUGCUGACGAGUGUUGAUAUUUGAAGAACAACAUUGUAUCAUUAAUAAAGUCAACGCAGUGUAGUUUUAAAUAUGGAGCAGAAUGAGUUUCUACUCCAUUCUGCCACAAAAUUUGGGAACCUAGAAGAAGUUCAACAGUUGAUUGCAAUAGGAGCAAUAAUUAAUGAAGUAGAUUCUGAUGGUUUGACGUCACUACAUAUAGCUGCAGAUUGCAAGCAUGUAGAAGUAGCUAAAUAUUUGUUGGCACACGGUGCUGAUGUAAACGCUAUUGAAAUGUCCGAGGAUAGGAGUCCUUUACAUUUUGCUACGGUCAAUAAUGAUCUUGAAAUGAUCCGAUUAUUCACAAAAGCUGGAGCAGAUAUGCAGUGUUCAAAUACCUAUGGAAAUAUGCCAAUUCAUAUUGCAACCGAAUAUGGAUAUGUAGAAAUUUUAAAAUAUUUUUUCGAAAAUGGAAUAGAUGUAGAUAUUAGAAAUAACAGCAGCAAAAUGACACCUCUUCAUAUGGCUGCCUGUGGAGGUUACAUUGAAAUAGUAGAUUACUUACUGUUAAAUAAUGCUAACGUGCGUCUCAAAGAUUGUCAGAAUCGGAGUUCAAUUCAUCAUGGUGUUUUAGGAGGGAAUGCUAAAAUUGUUCAUGGCCUUAUAGAAAAAGGGGUUGAUAUAAAUGCUAAAGACAUGUUUAAGUGGACUCCUUUACAUUUGGCUUCUAGAGACGGACAUUUAGAAAUUGUCCAGUUACUUUUAAAAAACGGUGCAGAGUGUAAUCUACAGGGGAGAUCCAGGAAUUAUUCUCCACUCCAUUUGGCAUCUGAAACCGGUAAUCUAGAAAUUGUGAAAUAUUUUAUCAGCAUAGGGGCAGAUGCGAAUUUCGGUACAAUUCAAGAAUAUACUCUUCUACACGCAGCUUGUAAAUGGGAUCAACUUGAAAUGGUUAAAUAUUUGUUUGAAAAUGGUGCAGAUGUUAAUAAGAAAACUUUAACCAAAGGAGCUACUCCAUUAUAUUUUGCGAUAAAAAAUAUAUGCCCAAAUAUUGCAGAGUUCUUAAUUCUAAAUGGAGCUGAUUUAAAAGAAGCUGAAUAUAAAGGCACAUCUACUUUAUCGAUAGCCUUAAAAGAUGUGUCAGCUGAUUAUCCAGAAGAAGAUCAGAUAAUAUAUUAUACAAUGGCAUCGCUAAUAGUCAAAUACACCGUGCUAAUUUACAAUCCCAUUGAAAAAUUUAUUCAAGAUGGUUGUCCUUUCUUCAAAGAAUUAUCGCAAUACUAUAAUGACUGCCAAACAGAAAUAACAAGUAUGAGGAGUGUGAUAAUAAAGAAUAGUACUGUUUCAUUAUAUCAAAUAAUUUGCGAUUCUAAUAAAGGUAACGCGUUUGUUCAAUAUCUAUAUAACGACAAUAUUAAAAAUGAGUUGGAAAAUAUUGAAGAUUACCUUAAAGACUUUUCGAUAUAUGGUAAUAUUCUUCCGUUGGUGCAACUUAGGAUUAAGAAAGGCUAUCAAAGAAUGAAAUUACUUACAGAUGCUGACUUAAUAAUGAAAAAAAUUGCACCUCAGUUACCAUCAGAAAUAAGAUGGAAAGUAUUCGACUACUUAGACAUGACUGAUCUAAAAACUGUGAUACAAUCAGAUUGAUUCAAUUAAAAAUGAUUAUUUGUUUGUUUGUUUCUUUAUAAGAACAUUAUUUAGGCCGGGAAUGGGGGACGGUAGGGAAAUACCGCGCUCGUUAGUCCUAUUUUUGUGAUUUGUGAUCAACCGCUUAAAUAAUAUCACUUAUUUCUAGUCUACUAGACUGAGUUGAUGGAGACGAUCUUGACCUUGGCAUCGCUAUGAAGGUUGAAGACAAAUGCAUCAUUUGCUGAAAAUCUGGGCAAAAUAAUGAAAAAUGGCCGUGUGAUAUGUGCAAAAUGUGAACAUAAAGAAUGCUGAAUAGUAAAGGAAGAAAAGUCUUUUAGUUUUUUUAAAAUAGACAGAAAAAAAAUUAUGCUAUCAAAUUUAGGAUUGUUAAAUCUUAGUCAUCUUAUUUAGACUGUUAAGUAUAUAAACGUAAAAUAUAGUAGGUCCACUAUUUUUUAUAUAAACAUAAAUUUCAAAUUUUAAAUGUUAGUAACAUUUUUCAUGUCACUGGUUCAUAAUAUUAAUGUGUAUUCAUUUAUUUGCAAACGACUGAUAUGUUUUGUACAUAAUACUUAUGACAAAUAAAUGAAUUG